AAAUCUGGCAUUUUCAAACGACCUUCUUGCAGAGCAGGACGUUGAAGGUCAGGCGUAGCUGAGCAGCAGGUAUUUUGGAAGCAGCUCACUUUUCAACUUCAAACUAUUGCUUAAGAUGCUCGCUCAUUUUGCUACUCGAUCAUCUCGAAUUGCCUUAGCCGGUUUACGCAAAUUUUCAACAAAUGGACAGAAACAUGCAAAAGUGGCUGUGCUUGGUGCAGCUGGUGGCAUUGGUCAACCAUUAGCCUUGCUCUUAAAACACUCACCUAUGAUCAGUCAUCUAUCGUUGUACGAUAUUGCACCAUUCACUCCAGGAGUUGGUAAAGAUUUGAGUCAUAUCGAGACACUUAGUGAAGUUUCAUCUCACACUGGUCCAGAACAAUUGGAUGAAUGUUUGAAAGGAUGCUCACUGGUCUUGAUACCUGCUGGUAUGCCACGUAAGCCAGGAAUGACUCGUGAUGAUCUCUUUAAUACCAACGCAUCCAUUGCUAUGAACUUAGCAGAUGCUUGUGCGAGAAAUUGUCCAGAUGCCAUUGUUGGAAUCAUUACAAACCCAGUAAACUCGACAGUUCCCAUUGCGUCAGAGGUGUACAAGAAACAUGGAGUGUACAACCCAUCUAAAAUGUUUGGUGUGACAACCCUAGAUGUUGUUCGUGCCAAUACCUUUGUAGCAGAGAAAAAAGAUUUAGACAUCACCAAAACCAACGUUCCAGUCAUCGGUGGCCACUCUGGUGUCACCAUUUUGCCAUUACUUUCGCAACUUGUGCCAAAAACUUCCUUCACUGAAGAAGAGCUUGCAUCACUAACUGACAGAAUACAAAAUGCUGGAACUGAAGUAGUUGAAGCUAAAGCCGGUGCUGGAUCUGCAACUCUUUCUAUGGCGUAUGCAGGUGCACGUUUCGGUUUUUCUGUCCUGGAAGCAAUGAAUGGCAAGAAAGGAGUUGUGGAAUGUGCCUACGUUGCAUCUGAUGUCACAGAAGCAUUAUAUUUUGCCACGCCUAUUUUGUUAGGGCCUGAAGGUUUAGAAAAGAAUCUUGGAAUGGGUGAUUUAUCUGAAUUUGAAAAACAAAAGUUGAAAGAGCUCAUGCCAGAGUUGAAAGACAACAUUGCUAAAGGAGAGGAAUUCUGCAAAAAUAAUUAAUUCAAUAAACGCAUGAAAAAAUUUUAAAGAGAAAAAGAAAAUUUGUUAAGUUAGAA